UCAUAGUGCUUUUCGGGUGUGCCAAACUGCCAAUGAUAUGAGAGGAUGAAAUGGACGUGGUGGGAGUUUGGUUUUGUGGCACUGACCUAAUUAGCAACUGUACACCUCAUAUAACCACAUAAUCAAGCCCGCCAUUCCCUAUUUUAUUUUUCUCAUAUUCGAAUUUAAAUUUAUUAGAUACAAUUCAACCUCAAAAACUAAUUCAUAAAGCGAUGAUUGUUGGCCAUUUAUAUACACAAUUUUGAUCAUAUCACUAUUCAACUCCAACACGCCCUCCAAGCAUAAAAUUUGCAGGAUUAGACAUUUCCAGCAACACUUGAAGUUGUCAAUCAAUGGCCAUGAAGCCCUCAACUUCCACAAGUGGGUCUGGCAAGAAGAUUAGAAAGCCUUAUACUAUUACCAAAUCUAGGGAGAGCUGGUCUGAGGAAGAGCACGACAAGUUUCUCGAAGCUCUUCAACUAUUUGACAGAGAUUGGAAGAAAAUUGAAGAUUUUGUUGGUUCAAAAUCAGUUAUUCAGAUUAGAAGUCAUGCCCAGAAGUACUUCUUGAAAGUUCAAAAGAGCGGGACAGUAGCACAUGUGCCUCCUCCUCGGCCUAAGCGCAAAGCUUCUCAUCCUUAUCCACAAAAGGCAUCCAAAAAUGUUUUGUUGCCAAUGCCAGCUUCCAUGGUUUAUGUUUCUUCCACUAGUACCCUUCCACCAGGGUAUGUCACAUGGGAUGAAAAUUCCUUGCUCAUGAAUUCUGGAUCCAACAAAUCAGUGCCUUGUAAGGAUGAGCUCGCCAAUCUUCUUGGAAAUGAAGCUGAUAUUGGAUCAAAGGGGAUAACACGAAUUGACCACAGCAGUCUUAGUGGUGUUGGGAACUCUACUAGAAAUCUGCCUGCUACUGAGAUGCCAAAACAAGGGAAACAGGCUCAGGUUAUUCAUGGUUUGCCAGAUUUUGCUGAUGUUUACAGCUUCAUUGGAAGUGUUUUUGAUCCAGACACAGAAGGCCAUGUCCAGAAGCUGAAGGAAAUGGAUCCUAUAAAUUUUGAAACUGUUUUGUUGUUAAUGAAAAACCUCACUGUCAAUUUGUCUAGUCCUGACUUUGAGCCCGUUAGGGAGGUCAUGUCAUCAUACGAUGUCCAUACAAAAACAGUAGGAGUUACCGCAGGAAUUGACGUCAAGAAGCAGACAAAUGAUCUAUCAUGUCAAACAGCUUGACAACCAUUAAUUGAACUUAUUAUCAAAUUUGGAUGGAAGACCGAGGUUUUGCCCAACCAGCAGCAUUAGCAAUGCAUUCACAUUAACUCGUUGUGAAACUUGAAAAUGCAACCAAACCAUCAGCCUAUGUAACCACAACCAGGAGAGUUUGUUUUAAUGGAAGUGCUAGCAAAGCCAAAAAUAUAUUCAUCGGGUAAUUCUAAGGUGCACAAGGUUUUGUAGUAUUGCAGUGAUUCUAGUACUUAUUUAUGGAAUGUGGUUUUCAAGUAGACACAUGGGUCUAACUGUAAGAUAAGUUUGAUGGCUCAGGUGUAUUAAUUGGAGAGGUGGGGGGCUAGUCAUAGUAGCUUAUAUCAAUGUGGCCUAACUUUCAAUGUAAAUCAUAAAGAGCAUCAUAACAGGAAGUGGUCCCAAUUUCUAAUUCUACUUACUUUUUUUUUUAGCAUCAAUAAUUGGAAUGCAAUUGUGAAGUUAACAAGAAAGCA